AUUUUAUCCACCACACCCGCAGACCUGACACCAUGGACUCCAAACCUUUAGCCAUCCAUAACAAGGGUACUUCCAGCAAACCCCCCCCACUGACUGACAUCCAACACACCCGGGUGCCCCUCACAGAGAAGGAGAGCAAACGGAUCGCCCGCAAGACCGACCAGACCAUCCUGGUCGUCCUCAUCUGGGUGUACUUCCUCCAGAUCCUCGACAAGUCCGUGCUCGGAUUUGGCGCCACCUAUGGGCUCGAAACCGACACCCAUCUUACCGGCGACCAGUACUCGCUGGUCGGGUCCAUCGCCCCGAUCGCCCAGCUGGCGUGGCAGCCCUUCUCGUCGUGGCUCAUCGUGACGGUGCCCCCACGCAUCCUCAUGCCGACUCUGGUGCUCGGCUGGGGCGUCGCACAGACCUGCAUGGCAGCCUGCCACAACUUCCAGGGACUGAUGGCGACGCGGUUCUUCCUGGGCCUCUUCGAGGCGGGCUGCCUCCCGCUCUUUGGCAUGCUCACCAGCCAGUGGUAUCGACGGGUCGAGCAGCCCAUCCGCGUCGCCGCAUGGUACGGCACCAACGGACUGGCGACAAUCAUCGCCGCGCUCUUGUCCUUCGGGCUCGGCCAUAUCAAGUCCAGCGUGAUGAAGGAGUGGCAAAUAAUCUUUCUCUUUGUCGGCCUCCUCACGAUCAUCUCCGUCCCCUUCGUGUACUGGCGACUGGACAACGACAUCCCAUCCGCGCGCUUCCUCACCCCCCAUGAAAAGCUGCAGGCCAUGGAACGGCUCCGCGCGAACCAGACCGGAGCCGGAACCCGCGAGUUCAAGCUCUCGCAUGUGUACGAAACCGCUCUGGAGCCCAAGACGUAUCUGUGGGUCAGCAUGGCGCUCCUGCUGAACAUCGGAGCCUCCGUGGCGAACGUCUUCGGGCCACUGAUCCUCAGCGGUCUGGGAUACGAUACAUACACCACCACAUUGCUCAACAUGCCUUUCGGGGCCGUGCAAAUCAUUGUGAUUCUCCUGGCGAGCUAUCUCGCGCAAAAGGCCAAAUUGAAGGGGAUCAUCCUGGCGAUCCUGAUGCUUCCUGUCGUGGCGGGGUUGGCGAUCCUGUACGCCGUGCCACGGAACACCCCGUCCUCGGACGGAGCACUCAUGGCGGGAUACUAUCUCAUCGCGUUUCUGUUUGGGGGCAAUCCGCUGAUUGUGAGCUGGAUCGUCGCAAACACGGCGGGCACGACGAAGAAGUCGGCGAAUAUGUCGCUGUACAAUGCCGCCGUGUCGGCCGGGAAUAUUAUCGGGCCGCUGUUGUUUAACUCGAAUGAUGCGCCGGCGUAUCGGCCGGGGUUGCGCGCGUGUGUGGGGAUUUUUGUGGCUCUGAUCGCGGUCUUUUUGGCGCAGUGGGUGGAUUUGGUGGUGUUGAAUCGGCUGCAGGCGAAGCGGCGGGUGCGCAAUGGGAAGGCCGCGCGGGUCGUGGAUCUAUCGAUGCGCGAACACGAGGUGGCGGCAGCAGAAGCAGAGGAGGAGGAGGAGAGAGGGGCGCAUGCGGGGGGGGAGUUGGCCGAUCUCACUGACCGGAAGAAUGAUGAGUUUGUGUAUGUUUAUUAG